AUGGCGUUACUUCUGGCUAUUCUGACCAUCGUAGCUUUGGUGAAUGCGGUGGCUCUAACAGCCAACUACCCAAUUAAUUCGCAACUGCCUCCGGUUGCGCGAGUGGAACAACCGUUCCAUUUCGUGUUUGCAGACGGCACAUUUGCCCACUCGGACUCGAACACCAAAUACUCACUAUCAGACGCCCCGUCAUGGCUCUCGGUAGACAGCAGCAGCAGAGCUCUCCACGGGACACCUCAAGCCAGCGACACAGGCGCGAAGAAAUUCAAAUUAAUAGCGUCAGAUGGAUCGUCUUCUGAUAGCAUGGAUGUCACUCUCAUAGUCACAGCGGACAAAGGGCCAACAGUGGGCAAACCUCUGAUUGAGCAGUUAGAGAAGCUUGGCCCAGUGUCCUACCCGACGACUCUAUAUAUACACCCUGGUCGAGCAUUUGCCAUCGAAUUUGAUUCAGAUACCUUCGAGAAUACGCAUCCCUCUACGAUUUACUACGGCACCUCCCCUAAUAACGCUCCCUUGCCUUCUUGGAUCAACUUCGACCCUGUGGCCCUCAAGUUCGCUGGCAACAGUCCAGCAUUUCCCGGCGCAGGACCACAGGCCUUUACUUUUCAACUUGUGGCUUCUGAUGUCGCUGGAUAUAGCGCGGCCAAUGUGACUUUCCAGCUUGUGAUUGGGCCGCACAUACUUGCAUUCAAUGAAACGAUGCAAGUCUUCAACCUAACCCGAGGCGACAAAUUCCAAAGCCCCAGUUUCCAGCAGCUACUUACCUUGGACGAUUCGCCGAUCCCAACCAAGGACCUGACCAACAUUGACACCGAUCUCCCCGACUGGUUGUCCAUGGACCACCAAUCGAUGUCGCUCAGUGGCACCCCUCCCAAAAAUGCGACCAACCAAAAUAUCACUAUCACGGUGACCGACAGCUACUCGGACCAAGCUCAGCUCAUGGUACGGUUGAACUUUUUGAAGCUGUUCUUAGAAACGGUUGAAGGUUGCGAAGCAACCAUUGGAGAUGAUUUUAUGUUCAUUUUCAACCAGUCGGUUUUGACAGAUAACUCCGUCGAGCUAGACGUUGACUUGGACGGAGAUCUGUUGUCGUGGCUUACUUACUUUUCCGACAACAAAACUUUAUACGGUCACGUCCCCUCGGACACAGACCCCCAAAAGAUCAAUAUCCCUCUGAAGGCGUACCAAGGAGGGAUAGAGGAUACCCAAGACUUCCAGCUGGAUAUCUUGGAACCGUCAGACACCAAUUCCACCUCGGGUGACCCCUUCACCGACUCAUCCAAUCCUUCUCGGAAAAAGGCCGGCAUCAUCGCGAUUUCAGUUGUCAUUCCAGUUGUGGUCAUUAUGAGUUUGAUCAUUCUAUUCUGUUGCUGGCGUCGUCGCAGGAGAUCGAAUGCAGUUGAAGAGGGCCAGUCUCCAAAGCAAUCGCCUCCUCCUCGACCUUCACGACCGGACUUUCCGGACCCUGAAGAAGCUGCUGAGAGGAUGUCGCAAGAUGAUAAAUCGGAUAGCUGGGUAAAUCCUUUCUUGCCUGCCUCUGACCUCCCUAAGCUCGAGCUGGGACCUGCAUGGAACGUGGCGUCCUUUGAGAAACCAAAAGAGUCCUCGGAUCCGUCCCCCAACCCUCCGCCUCGCUCUCCCAAACGUGGUACUUUCGUCCCCCUGAGAGACUCGAUAAUCGAAGAAGAUAAACCCAUUCGCAUAUCCCCUGCCAAGAAACAGCGUCUCUCGUUCACGAGCAGUCCUCCUGUGCGCCGUCGAACCAGCACUCGUUCACGGCGGGAGCCAUUGAAACCAAUCCAGCCACGAGCCAUGAAGCGCGAGUCGAUCCAGUCAUCUAGAUCCAAGCGGUACUCUAAACGAUCCAGUGGUAUUUCCUCGGUCGCCUCUGGCUUACCGGUACGGCUGAGUGGCGCCGGACACGGAGCUGGAGGGUUUGGGCCCCCUGGGCAUGGAGUGGUGCAUAACUCUUGGCAGAAUAAUCGAAGCUCUUUCAUGAGUGACGAGAAUAGCUUUAACAACAUUGCGCCGCUCUUCCCUCGACCUCCGGCAGCUGCACGAAUGCGACAUAGCUUAGCAUCUAGCAUCCCCGAAAACCCCAAACGAGUGACGCUCCGAACCGUGGAUCCCGACGAAUCUGUCAUCUCUGAAGCCGAUUCUCUCGAGGCGUUCGUUCACUCCCGGGCAAAGCAUCGCAAUUCUACCAACCCGCUCUUUUCUGGACAAGUCAGUAACGGUCGCCGCUCGUCGGGACUGCGAGCUCUCGAAAGAGCACGGAGUGUGCGCAGUCGCGCUGACACCGUCUCCGUAUCCACCUUCACGGACGAAUUCCGCCAGUCGAUUCAAGACCGACCAUACUCGACCAAUCUGUCUGUAUCUGAAUACGGAGACGAGAACCGCCUGUCAUCAUACCAAGGUCUGCAACCACCACCCGGCCUCUUCCCUCUAGCCGAGGGAGGUGGCCGCAGCAUGAGCCAGCUGAGUAUCGCACAAGACUACCGGGGAGUGAUCUCACCGCUGCCUCGGUUCUGGAGCGAAACAAGCCUCAGCAGUAACAGGCGCAUGGACUCAGGCAACUAUGCCAAGACUGCGGCUCCAGCAGCAGUACCACCCAGCUCCUCAGUCCUGUCUGACCUAGACGAACAUCUUUCUCGCAAGGCGAGUCCCCUGAAGACCCGUAACCAUUCGCCGAAUGGGCAGCUGGAGCCGCCCCCUCCCAUUCAAGACCCCCACCGUGGGCUUCCUGUGGCUAGUAGCGGGGAGAUAGCCUUUGUUUGA